UCUCCGCUUCUUCUUCAUCUCCAUCUUCGUCUUCUCCAUCCGCUGCUCAUCAUCCCAUGGACGCAGCAUUCCUCCUGGAGAGAGAUGCUCGCUCCGAAUUCCUCCACCUCAUCGCCCAGUCCUUUGGUUGCAGCUACAUCUGUCUCUGGUCCUACUUAUCUCCCACCAGCUGUUUGUGCUACUUGGAUGGUCUCUUCCAGGAAGCUGCAAGCGGUCGCAAUGGAAGCAACGUUCAACCCAGGAGACUUUUUGACGAAUAUAGGCAGUCUUUGUUCAUCCUUGAUCAGAACAGCAGCCACACCCAAGUCCCAGGAUUGGCCUUCCGGAGCAGCAGCCCCUACCUUGAAUUGAGAGAGGAAGACCUUUCAAGAUUGGCCUCCCACUUUUGUCAAAGACAAUUCUAUCAAGAAGCAAGCAUCAAGAUUGCAGUAUUCAUGGGAUGCAGGAGUGGAGAGAUUGAGCUAGGCUUCUCCAACAUACCUCAGGUUGACAUAGAAAUGCAGAUGAUGACCUUGUUCCCAGAGGAUUUCUCGAGACAAAUAGCGAUGCGCGAAUUGGCCCGAGCGACUGAACCAAACACUACUGCUAUGACGAAUCCUCCUUCGUCUUCCUCAUCGUCUCUAAGAUCGCUUUCCAUGGACAGCCCGGAAUACUCUUCUCUUCUCUUCAACAUACCCACCACCACCAGUUCUUUCAUUAACCCGGAAUUUACCCUCAGAGAGCCUCCAAUUGUAGAGAAUAUCACCACACAGCCGUUACCAAUUAUAACGACCACCACCCCUGCUACGAGUACAACUAGUACUAGUCCUCACCCAUUGCAAGCAAUGCAACAAUUCGCAGGAUCGCUCGGGAACAUUCAGUUCCCGAUUGUCCCUGAGAGCGAACACGCCGCUAUGACGAGAGCCUUCCUUGCGGUUCUAUCGUCGCCUUCUUCAUCUUCUGCUUCGUCGCAACUACAUCAGCAACAAAUGAAUGUCGAGAAUCCUGGAUCAACCGCAUUCAGGAGGUAUUCACCGGCUUUGCUUCCGAGACCGCAGAUCAAGGCCAGCCCUCGGCAGCACAGCAUGCUCAAGCGGGCGAUCGCGUACUGCCGGAGCAUGAACUUGAUGCGGAUGCGAGACCGGCUGCAAGGCGGGAUCCGUCCGCCGUCGACCACUCAGCUCCACCAUAUGAUGUCGGAGAGGAAGCGGCGCGAGAAGCUCAACGAGAGCUUCGUCGCAUUGAGAUCACUUCUUCCUCCUGGAACCAAGAAAGACAAAGCAUCCUUGCUCGCGACCACGAGAGAGUACCUCAGCUCAUUGACGGAACAAGUCGAGGAUCUCCGCCGGAAGAACGCCAUACUCGAAGCCCAAGCCUUGCCGCCGACGGAACCCCCGACCGGCGAGCCGAGCGGGUCGUCAAGCGAUGGCUCUAGAGUCGACGUCCGAACGGGGACCGUCUCGGAGUCGACAUCCCAAGACCGGACCGUGGAUUUGCAGGUGACCGUGAGGGGACACUGCUCGGCACUAAAUCUGGUGAUUCGGAUCCUCGAGUUCUUGAAGCAAGCGAGGAACGUGAGCUUGAUGUCCAUGGAAGCCGAUACCCAAGUGCACGAAUCAAACAUCGUCAAUCGGGUCAACCUGAGAUUAAACGUCGAGGGAGGCGAAUGGGACGAGUCGGGCUUCCAGGAAGCAGUGAGGCGGGUAGUUGCUGACCUGGCACAAUGACAUUUUUCUUCGCCGUCGAUUCAGAUUUCCCAGCUUUUUCUCCAAGGAGUAGGUAGUAGUUAUACUGUGCGGCGGCACAUCCACGGCAUAUGACAUGGCCUACCCCAUCUUCACCGCUCGUCAACGAGCCGCUGCUCAAUCUCGGCCGUCGAUUCCCCGCUCGCGCGACGG